AUGUCUGUUCUUACCGUAGCCAAUGCCGCAGCCUUUGUCAACAAAACGGCAUUCAACCCAAUUGUCACAGGCAUUCUCUACCUACUUCGCAAUUACCUUCUUGACCACAAUAAAACAUCCUCUUCUUUCUUAUCCAAUAUCUUGACAAAUGAACAUACUGGCUCUACCCUCUACUGGUUAGCCCUCUUUGGUGUUGUCAAAUACUUCAACUCUUGGCUCAACUACUUUGCCCUAAACAACUACACAAACCUCACCGAGCAAUUCAUCCCAAGCAAAGAAACUGCCCUCGUCACUGGAGGUGCCAGUGGUAUUGGUGCUCUCACUGUUCAAGGUCUUGCACGUGCAGGUCUCAAAAAAGUCAUUGUUUGGGAUAUUCAAGAACUCACUUAUACCCCUCCUCCAAACGUUGUCUUCUAUAAGGUUGACCUCACCUCGGGCUCAGAAAUUGACGCUGCUGCUGAACGCGUCCGCUCAGAAAUUGGUCAUGUAACUAUUGUCAUCAACAAUGCAGGAACAGGAAUUGGGAAAACUAUUCUUGGUUCUACAGAACGCACUGUAAAACUUACCUUCAAUGUAAAUGCUGUCGCUCCAUUUCUAGUCACAAAGGCCUUUCUCCCACAUAUGAUUAAAACUAAUCACGGCCAUGUCCUCACCAUUGCAUCCCUUGCUUCUUUUACAACUCCAGCACAAAUGGUUGAUUACUGUGCAUCAAAAGCCGCAGCCCUGGUCUUUUCUGAAGGCCUUUCCCAGGAACUCAAACAUAGGUACGGUGCUCCAGGUAUCCGAAACUCAGUGGUCCAUCCAAUGUGGGUAAAAACUCCAUUAACCCAGGUUUUCAAUUCUCUUAAUCAUAUUCUUGCUAACCAGCUCGAACCAGAAGACGUGGCAAACGCAGUCAUCAAACAAGUCCUUUUGGGGAAAUCGGCCCAAAUUUGUAUCCCCUCUUCGCUCGGCUUCUCGGCUCUUAUUCGGGCCCUUCCCAAUUGGAUACAAGAACGUAUUCGUGAUGAACAGCAAGAUAUGAUUGUAGUAAAUAAGGAUUUUUAA